CCGCAGCUCUUCGCAAGUGGCUCACCUCAUCUGGCUGACCGAGUUUCGAUCCCAGACCAGGUUUCGUUGUUCUACGAUUUCGGCGAUUAAAGUUAUAUGGUUUUGAGUCGAUAAUAAGUUGGCUGCACAAUGGAACUGCAGCUGGAAUCGACCGGAACCGCCUUGAACUCAGGCUUAAAAACCAGAACCAGAUAUAAGGAAUACAUAAAUUUGGCUAUUCUUAAACUAAAGAAGAAAGGAAGCUAACUGCGAUGGACAAUCGAGUGUAUCAUUUUUGGAACCAAAUUGCGGCAUUUCCAUUGCCGGAUCGCGAAAAUCGAAAACCAGGGUAAUCGGCGGUAAGGUGGCAGACAUGUUUGGAAACCCAUGGAUGGCCUUUAUACAAAGCAGCAUUUUAUGUGGCGGCUCACUCAUCACAAAUCGUUUUGUGCUUACUGCUGCACAUUGCAGAUCCAAUACACCUGCGGUGGUUUACCUAGGAGAGUUCGACAGAUCAACCAUCACUGAUUGUUCUACAACAGCUUGCAUGCCCAAUGCCAUUGGAAUCCAUGUUGAUGCUCAAAUAGGUCACCCAAGUUACUCGACUUCUGGGCAUCAGAACGACAUAGCUCUGUUUCGACUGGCCAGGCCUGUCCAAUAUACAGACUACAUAAGGCCCAUUUGUUUGCUGACCAACUUCGAUCCCUUGCCGCAAAUCAGGACAUUCACUGCCACAGGAUGGGGUGAAACAGGAUACAGUUUAGGGAGCAACAAAUUAUUGACCGCCACCUUAAUGCAUGUGGAUCGAUCGUAUUGCUCCAUUUACGGCAGAGUGGAUUCAUCUCAAAUCUGUGUCGCAGGAUAUGAUUCGCAUGUUUGUCGUGGGGAUUCUGGUGGUCCACUAAUGGCCACUGUGAAUAUAAAAGGUGCGAAUCGAGUCAUUCAGGCUGGAGUUGUCAGCUAUGGACAUCAAAAUUGCCGACAUGUGUCGGUGUUUACGAAUGUCGUGCACCAUAUAAACUGGAUAGCAGAUGUCGUACGACGUGGAAGUGCUCAGAAUACGCAGUUCCAACCCAAAGUUCGAAGGCCGACUUACAGUUACUAUCCCAAUACUUAUUGGUAUAUCUAUGGAUGA